GUAACCUGAGUACUCGCUUGUUGGGGAUUCAGCAUCACACACCGCGGACAGCUACCUAGGACUUGCUGCACGGAGCCAGAAUGAGUACCAGCCCAGAGAGAAUUUCUUCCUACCGCAGGCACUUUGAGGAGUUGGACAGCAGUUCUGUUCUAAGGGUGAGAGUGAGCAGUCCAUCCCCUCCCAGGCAAAGGAGGUCAGCCAGCUACACCCGCAGGGCAUGUGAAGAGAUCCAUGUGGCAAGGAGGAAUGUUUCAGCUAGCCGCAGGCCACUCAGUAUGGGGGCCCCCUGUUUUGCAGCUCUGUUUGCGCCUGUGGUGGACAUAGAAGCGGCUAGUGCAGCAAACCAAGAAUUUCUUAAUACUAGGAGCAACGAGAAGCAGGAGAUGAUUGUCCUGAACGACAGACUGACCAAGUACAUAGAGAGGGUUCGGGACCUGGAACAGCAGAAUGCAACGGUGCUAUGUGAGGUGGAAGCCCUGCGUCAACGCUGCCGCAAACCGUCUUCACUUAGGGCACUGUAUGAGGAGCAACUGCGGGAACUGCGCAGAGAGGCAGAGCAGGCAAAGUUCCAACGGGAUGUAGCAGUGGCUGCCAAGUCAUCAGUGACUGAAGAACUCAACUCCACCAAGAAGCGCUAUGAAGAUGCAGUUGAGGCCAGAAAAAAGGCUGAAGGGGACAUUGAGGCUUUCCGCCCUGAUGUGGAUGCUGCCACUGCAGGACGCAUUUCUUUGGAAAAGCAACUGGAGAGUCUGGAAGCUGAAAUUGCCUUUUUGCAGAGAGUACACGGUGAGGAGAUUGAAGAACUAAUGAAGCAGAUCUACUCUGGAACCGCCCACUGCGAUCUCUCCUUCUCCAUCCCAGACUUUGCUGCUGCUCUGAGGGACAUCCAGACAGAAUAUGAGCAAAUUGCAGCCAAAAACCUGCAGGAGAUGGACGAUUGGUACAAAAACAAAUUUGUUGACUUCAAUCAAGCUUCUACAAAACAUGUAGAAAACGUGAGACAUUAUAGAGGAGACAUUGCAAACUACAAGAGAGGCAUUAAGGGGAAAGAAAUGGAACUGGAGUCUCUGAAGAAAAGAAAUGCAGCUCUGGAAACUCAGAUCAGUGAAACUCAAGAAGCAAACAAAAAUGAGAUAGUAGAGCUACAGGAAAAAAUAAGGAGGCUGGAAGAUGACUUAAAGAUUUUAAAGCAGAAAAUCGCUCUGCACAUGAAAGAAUAUCAAGAUUUAUUGAGUGUAAAGAUGGCCCUGGAUAUUGAAAUUAUAACAUACAGAAAGCUAAUUGAAGGGGAAGACAGCAGACUCACUACUUCAGUGAGUGGAGUGCACCUCUGGAGCAAAGAGUCAGGUGCUGGGCAAGUGACUGCCACUGAGAGUGUAUCCAAGCGGCAGUCUGUGGAGGUGAAAACAAAGACAAGUGUUCUCAGAAGUUAAACUUAAGGAAGAGAAGAAAGGCUUUGGAAAGUUAAUCUAAGUGUACCUUGUGAAGGUGGGAGGAGCAGUCCACAACAAAUAUGAAAAUCAAAAUCACCCACACUAAGAGAUGUGUACGACUCAUGAAAAUUGAAAAAAGGCAAAUUGAAGUCUCUCAGACCAAUAGAUACAACAUGCUGGGUUACCUAUUGUACACCAUCCUGUGUAAUGGAUAUAACUGCCAGACAAAAUAUACAUAGUUUAUAACUGAUAUAUGACAUCUAGGCCAAGCAAUACAGGCAUACAAAUGGAUGCAUGUUAUGCUGACUAACGUCUACAUUUUUAUUUAGACUAAUUGACUCAAAGAUUAGCAGGUACAAUAUAUAACUCAGGAGCCACAGAGAAAAAAAAUGGGAAUUGAGCUGGCCUAACCCCAACCCUUCAACCACUAUCUAUAUGUUUACACCAAAUGGUGCACCCAUAUAAAAUUCCAAUUGGUAGUUACAUCCAUGCCUUACUGAACCCAAUUUUUUUCUUUAAUGAUUCAGAUACAGCAUGCAAUUUUAAGCAGCUUUGUAAUUUACUCCUAUUAUAUUUUUUCUUUGCUUUCUUCCUAUCUUUAUUUGAAAAGUAGGAAUGUAAAGCUUUGGAGCCAGACCAUUUUUGGUUUAGCACCCUGGAUAGCGCUAGCUUAUUAGUGGCUACAUCGUUAAAGAAAAAAAUUGGGUUAAUAUCCCUUUAAGGCAUAUUUUGACCAAUAGAUUUAUAGAAUAUUUGAUGGACGAGUAGUUAAAAAAAAGAACUAACAAAUACAAAUAGGAGCUCAAGAUUAUGAACAAAUGAAAACCAGGCCAAUUGACAGAUUAAAACCUGGAAAUGAAUCAUACAGGCCACAACUAACCAGAUAUUAGAUAACAGACUCAAACUAAGAACAUGUUGUUUAUCUAGGUGAGUGGAUUCAUGACUCCUGCUACUGCUCUCAUUUACUCUACAGUGUCUGCAUUCUUCAGAUGGGAUUCUCAUUGCAGAUUCUUACACAACUGUCUAACAAUGAUUAAUGCUAUGGAUUCAUUUAUUGGCUUUGCUAAAUAAAGCACACAAGCAAAUCACCAACAGUGUAAA